CUUUUCCCCAGUCUGACGCCAUCUCGCUCCCGCUGUGAUAUGGUGCCUCCCGCAAUUCGCACGCGCCGUUAUAGCCCCUCAAUACGUGCGUGAAGGCGCGUGCACCACAGUUGUCCUCGACCACGCCCACCAUCCCCCCUCUCUCAAUCAUGUCGGACUUCUCAAUGUACCAUGCCUUGGGGCAAGGCUCGCCGAACCCGAACGGACCCCAGCGAAAGAAUGAACCGAACAAGUUCCGGCCUCCUGUCGCAGCUAGCCCUGGGGGUUAUCAACAGGCCGGCAGUGCAGCAGUUGGCCAUACACCCAACCAAUACAUAGGAACGCCAAACCCAAACACUCCUCCAAUCCAAGAACAAGGCUAUUUUCCUCCACAGCCGCCGCCUGCAAAGCAGAAUGAAUCUGGCAUGAAUAAUAUAACAUCUCAAAUGGGAGCGGUGGGGUUGGGAGUGGAUCCAGCGGGGCAGCAGAGGCCACACAAGAAGAAGGACCGGCAUGCGUAUCACAAUAUCGAGGGCCCAGGUGGAAGCUCACAGGCAUUCAAUGGGAUGCCUCAGAGCGGCACAGCGACCCAAUUCCUGAACCAGAAUACCCCCCAACUGGGUUCAGGGCAAUGGGCGAGUCCACAGGUCACUCCCGCUAUGUCACAAUUCCCGGCUGCAGCGCCAAUGUAUAGCCCCGCGAACCCAGCCUCAAAUAUGCAGCAUGCUGCUCGGCAAGGAACGCCUUUGGGUGGAUCUCCUGCCUCAACAAGCCAGGGCCGUGUCGACCCAGAGCAUAUACCCAGCAUUCCAAAGUCUCGAGACGCACCGGCAAAAUACUAUCUAGAGCACGUAUAUCCGACUAUGGAGCACCAUUUGCCGCCUCCUGCUCUUGUCCCUUUCGUAGCAUACGACCAGGGCAAUUCCUCUCCAAAAUUCGCUAGACUAACCCUGAACAACAUCCCCGCUUCUGCCGAUGCGCUCGCAUCCACGUGUUUGCCUCUAGGUCUGGUUCUUCAGCCUUUGGCCCCGCUGCAAGAGGGAGAACAACCCAUACCGGUUUUAGACUUCGGCGAGACAGGGCCUCCAAGGUGUCGACGAUGCCGGGCCUACAUCAAUCCCUUCAUGACCUUCCGCUCCGGAGGGAAUAAGUUCGUUUGUAACAUGUGCACAUUCCCGAACGACGUCCCUCCCGAGUACUUCGCUCCAACAGAUCCAUCGGGUGUCAGAGUGGACCGGAUGCAGAGGCCGGAACUGACAUUGGGGACUGUCGAUUUUAUGGUCCCGAAAGAGUACUGGUCUAAGGAGCCUGUCGGUCUAAGGUGGCUAUUCGUUAUAGACGUUACUGCUGAAGGCAUCAACCGUGGAUUUCUGGACGGGUUUUGUGAAGGUAUCAUAAACGCACUGUACGGUGACGAAAAAGAUAAAUCGCAAGACGAGGGAGCUUCCCAACGUAAACUUCCUCCAGGUUCAAAGGUUGGCGUCAUCACAUACGACAAGGAGAUCCACUUCUACAACAUUAGUCCAGGAUUAGAUCAAGCCCAGAUGAUGGUGAUGCCGGACAUUGAGGAUCCUUUCGUGCCGCUCAGCGAGGGUCUCUUCGUGGAUCCUGAGGAGUCCAAAGCAGUGAUUACCUCCUUACUCACACAACUUCCGCACAUGUUCUCAGAGGUGAAGAACCCUGAACCUUCCCUACUCCCAGUACUAAGCUCUGCUGUCUCCGCUCUUACGGCUACUGGAGGCAAGGUCAUAUGCUCACUAGCAGCCCUUCCCACCUGGGGUCCUGGCCGUCUAUUCCUUCGAGAUGACGGCAACUUGCACAACACGGAUGCGGAGAAGAAGCUUCUCACUACGGAGCAUCCAGGCUACAGAAAGGUUGCAACGAAGAUGGUAGAGAGUGGAAUUGGCAUAGAUUUCUUUAUGGCAGCACCAAGUGGAGGCUAUCUAGAUAUUGCCACAAUCGGCCAUGUCUCUGCUAUGACAGGUGGCGAAGUAUAUUACUAUCCGAAUUUCCACUCUCCACGGGAUACGCUAAAGCUUUCAAAUGAGAUCAAACAUACGGUAUCUCGAGAAACUGGCUAUCAGGCGCUCAUGAAAGUUCGAUGCUCAAAUGGCCUUCAAGUAUCCGCAUACCAUGGCAACUUCUACCACCACACAUUUGGCGCAGAUCUAGAAUUUGGCGUUGUUGAUGCUGAUAAGGCAAUUGGUGUCAUGUUCAGUUAUGAUGGUAAACUGGACCCAAAGCUGGAUGCCCACUUCCAGAGUGCACUCCUCUACACUACUGCGAGUGGCCAGCGACGCGUAAGAUGCAGCAACAUCGUUGCCAGUGUCAGCGAAGGUGCGGCUGAGGCGAUGAAAUUCGUCGAUCAGGACGCUGUCGUGAGCAUCAUCGCUAAGGAAGCCGCCGCCAGAGUGACCGAGAAACCCAUUAAAGAAAUUAGAGGCGCAUUAACCGAGAAGACUGUUGAUAUCCUCGCGGGAUACCGGAAGAACUUCACCGGGAACAAUCCUCCCGGCCAGCUUGUUCUCCCAGAGAACCUCAAGGAGUUCAGUAUGUACAUUUUGGGCCUGCUCAAGUCAAGAGCAUUCAAAGGUGGCAAAGAGCCCACUGACAGGAGAGUCCAUGAUGUGAGAAUGAUCAAGUCCAUGGGACCUCUGGAAAUGUCCUUAUACCUUUACCCCCGAAUCAUCUCAAUACACAACCUCGACGAAAAAGAUGGGUUCCCCAACGAGAACGGCCACUUGAAUAUGCCAGACGGCGUUCGUGCAUCGUUUUCGAAAGUCGAGGAAGGCGGUGCAUACCUCGUAGAUAACGGCCAAGUCUGCAUACUUUGGCUGCAUUCGCAAGUAUCUCCAAAUCUACUGGAGGACCUCUUCGGCGAAGGGCAUACGAGUCUGAAACAGCUUGACGCUUUCGUAUCAUCUCUUCCAGUUCUUGAAACCCACUUGAACGCACAAGUUCGGAACAUCAUACAAUACAUGCAAACCAAUAGAGGCUCAAAGUCUCUGACUCUGCAGCUUGCUCGACAAGGCCUUGAUGGAGCCGAGUAUGAGUUUGCAAGGCUAUUGUAUGAGGACCGUAACAAUGAAGCGCAGAGUUAUGUAGACUGGCUUGUCCAUGUUCAUCGGCACAUCCAACUGGAGCUUGCGGGCCAGAGGAAGAAAGAAGACUCUGAUAGCCUCAGUUCGACGGCGUCGACAUUUGUGGGGUUGAGAACGCCGUACUGGGGCUGAGGAUCGAGUGAGAAGGUAUUCCAUAGCGAACCUAUUCUGGAGCCGUAGAGCGC